AUGAAUUCUAGUUCAACUAAUAUUGCUACCUCUAGUUCAGCACGCUUAAAUAAAAAACAAAAAACCAGUGGCCCUAAUUUUGAUGAAAUCUGGUCAUUUUACCAACAAGGACCUAAUAAAGGCAACGGACAUUAUAAGGCAACUCAUUUUUAUUGUUCAACUUCCUGGGAGCAUGGAAAACCACAAACUAUGAAGGCUCAUUUAGCCAAUUAUUGCUCAAAAUGCCCUGAAAAUAUUAGUAGUUAUUGGCAGCAAAAAUUAGUUGAAAAAUCUAACAACUCUAGCAACUUUAAAGAGUUGUUUAAAUAA